UUCAUUUUUGUUUAGUAAAUAUAAUAGUAAUAAUAUAAGUAACGUGAGGUGUAUACACCAUUUUUAUGUUUGAUAUGCACCGUAAUGUCAUAGUUGUAUCUAAUUUGUAAUAACGAAAUUUUACACUAAGUGAUAGGCAUAAGAAAAAGUAAUAACGAGUAUUUGAUUGAAAUGAAUCCUGGUUAAACUUAGAACGCAAUCACUAUCACAUUAUUAUUAUUAUUAUUUUCCACCAAACCUAGUGUCUUGAGUAAAUAUUCAAUAUGAAAGAAAUGCUUGGUGGAUGCAGCGUAUGUUGUGAUGAUACAGGAUGGACUGAAAACCCCUUGGUGUAUUGUGAUGGACCUAAUUGUAACGUUGCUGUACAUCAAGCUUGUUAUGGAAUUCGGAUUGUACCAAAAGGAGAAUGGUUUUGCAGGAAAUGUGAAGCUUUUAAAGAAAAAUCUAUUAAAGUGAAAUGUGAACUGUGUCCAUCUAAAGAUGGCGCUCUUAAACCUACUGAAAAUGGGAACUGGGCUCAUGUUGUAUGCGCAUUGUAUAUACCAGAAGUUACAUUUAUGGAUGUUACUACUAUGGAACCAGUAAAAUUGAGUGCAAUACCCCGUGACCGUUUUAACAGAGCGUGUUAUAUAUGCGAAGAAAAAAAUAAAGGACUAAAAGUAACGGUAUCUGGUGCAUGCAUGUCAUGUAACAAAUCUGGAUGCAAAUUAGGAUUUCACGUGACAUGUGCUCAAAGUGCUGGGUUAUUGUGUGAAGAAGCUGGAAAUUAUUAUGACAAUGUUAAAUAUGUUGGUUAUUGUAAACAUCAUUAUUCUAAGUUGAAGAAAAGCAAUAAUAUAAAACCUAUUGCUCCAUACCGUCCUCAAAAUCAAUCUGAUAACUCAUCAUCAGAUCUUACUCCUGAAAAACAGUCACCUCAAAAAAUUGAUAAUAAUACAGAUUCUCAAACUUCAAAACCUAAAAGAAAGUUGACUAUCAUUAACAAUAUUGGUGACAAAAUUGCUAAUGAGAAAAAAGCUAAGGACUUAACUCGGAACACUCAAAGUGAAGAUCUUAGGGUAUCAGGACCGCAUAUUGUAACUACUCAUCCAUCUGGAAAUUUAGUUAUUUCUAUAGGAACAAAAGUUGAAAUCACAUCAGCAAAUAAGAAAAGUUAUUCUGACGAUUCUGAUACUGAAACUAAACAUUCAGCUAAGUAUCAAAAAACAAAGAAUGCAAUGAAUAUUCCAAAGUCUGAGGAAGAUCAAAGAUCUAGUGGCUUAAAGGCCACUGAAGAACCAAACUUGUAUCGUGUUGACAAUAAAAAUACCAUUAUUAAAUCAAGUGGAUCAGCAGUAAAUUUGACCCAGAAGCCUGAAUCCAGUGCAUUGAAAAAUGAAACCAGCGUAAUUAGUUCUCCUUCGCAUACUAAACAAGUUCUCAAAACAGAAGCAACUGAAAAAAAAAAAUUUGAAAAUAGUACCAAUGCCGCUGCUCCUCAUAUGUUGGGAAAUUCAUUGAAUCCAUCAUCAAGUGUAGCGCAGAAAAUGGCAGAUACUUUAAAUGAGGAAAUAGAAACUCAUAAAAUGUUUAAUAAUGAAUCAAAUUCGUCUACUAAUGUACCUACAAAUUUAAUGUCGGGUCCUCAGCUGCAGCGACGAAAUCAAAGGGCAUCUCAAAUUGUUCCUCAAGAAACUCCACAACCCCAAGGGUCAGCAUCAUCAUGGUCAUCGUUUACAAAUGGCAUUAAUAAUAAUAGUCCUCAAGGUUUGGAAGAUUUGCUUGAAAGACAGUGGGAACAAGGUGGAGCAUUUUUGAUGGAACAAGCACAGCACUUUGAUAUUGCAUCAUUAUUAACAUGCUUAUAUCAAUUGAAGAGUGAAAAUGUUAAUUUGGAGGAUGAACUAGCUAGUUAUACAAGACGCCGUGAUCACUUAUUAGCCGUGAAUGCGCGUCUAGCAAUUCCACUCACACCUCAAAACAAUAGGAACCGUGCACCAGCCCCUCCUACUACUAAUAACCACACCGAAGCUCCGAUUCCUAUUCAACCACCAAGGUCAAAUUAUCAGCCCAAUCAUGGAAACAUUGACUCGUCACUGCAACAUAGAUAUCAGAACCACAUAUCUAACAGACAUCCAACUAAUCAUUUGUCAAAUAAUAUGCCUUCCCAUGUAGUCAUCCGUGGCGGUGUUGUUCAAGAGCCAAGGUCUGAUAACAGAAGACAAGUCAACCAUAAUAUGGGCUCUAACCCAAUGUACCAAGCUGCACCACAACAACCUCCUAACAUGGCUCUACCACGUCAUCACACGGGUAUGGAUGGUCAUCCAAAACAUAGUUGAGAAGAAGCUAAAUGUUCGUGCUCACAAUGUACUUCUCUUCUAGCUGAUUAUGUCUGGAAACACCUUACUUGAAAUUUAACUUAUAUGUCAAUAAUUUAAAAAAAAUGUUUUUAUUGCUAUUCUUAAUGUAUGUUUAAAAUGUUUUAAAAUUCCGUUUAAGAUUAAUCGGGAUGGAUGUAUUUUUUUAUAUAUAAAUAGAAAAUGUCAGCUGUCGUCUUAAAUUAUAAGAAAAAAU